ACUGACUGAAUAACCCGCCAUCUUGUUGUGACUCCUCUACGUGCGUGUGGAACAGUGACUUCAAGGGGGAUCCAGUCACGUCUUUCCUUUUUUUUAUAUUUUUUUUUUUAUAGACGACAAGAUUGGAUCCCGAGCAGAAGCUUUUGAAUCUAACUAGUUAGCAUUUUAAUUCAGUUCUCCAAUCGUUUUCUGGACCAUAACACGAAAAAGAGAUGAGUAUCGAGACGCUUUUAGAGGCGGCGAAGUUUUUGGAAUUGCAAGCCCUGCAACAACAGAAAGCACGUGAAGAGAAUGAGCUUCAGGACAGGCGGCGCCGUGAACAGGAGGCGGAGAAGCGGAGAGCAGAAGUCAACUCUUAUACUCAGCCCAUUCGAAUGAACCAAUUGACCUGGGUGGAGGAGUCCGGACCUGAGCAUCGCUACAUAGCUGCCCCGGCCCAGCCUCUCCCCCCUCCCCCUCCCCCUCCCCCCACUAUGCCCAUCACAGUCAUCCCUAUCCCGGUGGUAGCCUCCACUCCUCCCGCCCUCCCUCCACCCCCCACCACAUCUCUCAGCCCGUCGGCAGCACCCCACCUCACGCCACCCAGAAAAGAUGCCCACUCGCUGCCACACCAGCAGGCACUGCACCAGCGCCCCCUCAUCCCGUCUCAGGUGAAGACAGAAACCACAUCACUGUCUCAGUUCAAUAGCACCAAACUGGCCCAGCAGCACCAAACCUUCCCGGACUCCGUUAUGGCGGCCUCCCAGCAUGCACUUCUCCCCCAGCCUGGACCUUCUUCCGCACAACUCAGCCCGUCUGAUGACCACCGCAGUUUGGAUGGCAAGAAAAGACCUGGCGGGGCAGGGACGAGAGAGGUGCACAAUAAGCUUGAAAAAAACAGACGUGCACACUUAAAGGAGUGUUUUGAGACUCUGAAGAAGAACAUCCCUAAUGUUGAUGAAAAGAAGACCUCCAAUCUGAGCGUUCUGAGAAGUGCUUUGAGAUACAUUCAGACUCUGAAGAGGAAGGAGAAAGACUACGAACAUGAGAUGGAACGUCUGGCGCGGGAGAAGAUCGCCUUGCAGCAAAAACUGGCUGAGCUGAAGAACGAGCUGAGCCAGCGAUUGGAUGUGAUUGAGAUCGACCGUGUUAUUCGACAGACUGUGCAACCAGAUGAUGACCAGGCCUCUACCUCCACUGCCUCAGAAGGCGAAGACAACAUCGAUGAAGAUAUUGAAGACGAGAGCUUAUCCGCCACGGCCAACGCCUUACUCAAAGUGCCUGCUGCGCUUCAGCCAGAGUUAAAGAAGUCACAUUCUGCCCUGUCCCUCAUAGCACAGCACAUCUCCAUCCCACACAAACAGUCUAAAGCGUUAUCCCCGAUUCCGUCAGCUCAACUAUCCCCUGUGGCCGCCGCUGCCCUCAUCACAACUCCCGCUUUGUCCUCAAUGCCAGCACAAGCUCCCAAUGGCCCACCGUCUGCUCCGGCCCUGCAGACCCUACCUCCGGCCCAGACCCAUAUAGUGACCACGGCGAGUCUGCAACCUACCGUCAUUGCUCACGCGGGAUCGGCGUCGCACACCUCUGUCAUCCAAACCAUCAACCAUGUCAUCCAUCCAGGCUCCAAGCACAUGGCCCACAUCUCCCCAUCCUCCUCGAGCUCGGUGCAGCUGGCUCCCGGACCUCAAUCCAUUAGCCAUAUCACUGUCGCCCACCUUCCUGCAAUCUACCCUCAGCCCGUUACAGUCACACAGCCGGCGGUUAUGAGCCACAUCGCGCACACACUCUCUCACGCCCAGAUGAACGGCACUUCGGUAUCUGCCGCACAAGCCGCCAUGGUUGGCAAGCAGACGGCUGUGGGUGCUCAAGUGGUUACCCAUCACCCUCAGCUGGUGGGCCAGACCGUCCUCAACCCAGUCACUAUGGUGACAAUGCCCUCCUUCCCAGUCAGCACGCUAAAGCUGGCCUGAAGCGCUGACAGUCAGGCCCCUAGAUAGACUCUAGACACUUAGACCACAUCCGCCCUGUUUGAGACUGCAGCCACACACAACACUGCAUCUAAACGAACUAUAAAGCAACAGGACUCAGUACAUUCCAAAUGAAAUGAAAGUAUAUAAAGACUCAAAAAGUGAUGCAAAGAAAUUUAUUGAAUGUCUAAUACUAUAUAAUGAUAUAUAAUAAAAGACAAAAAGAGAUGUUUUAUCUUUAUGUGUGGGUAAAGGCAAAGUCUAGAGUGCUUGUGUGCUGCUCAGUGUUUUAGGCUCUAGUAGAGUAUAUUAUGAUGAAACUGUGGUCCAUUCCCAGCCUAAACCGACUCUUAGCCAGCCUAUUACGUCUAACCACUGGUAUUAAUGACUUAUUUAAAAGGACGCCCCCCCAUGAUACCUCAUACUAACUCCUCAACUAACAGCACACCUCAUGCGAAGUCUCUUCUCGGCUCCCAUUAGACCAGGUUUAACGUACUGUGUUGUGUCUGACUUAAAUCCCAAAGCAGUUCUUGAAGUCCCUACAGAGAUAAAAGACAAUUUAUUCACCCUCAUGUUGUUACAACCUGUUUGGCUUUCUUUUCUGUGCAUGUCUUUCUUUUCAAAACAUGCUCAUGAUUUUUUUGUCUAUACAUUGAAAGUCAAUGGGGUUCAAAACGUUAAAACCACCAAGACAUUUUUUCAAAAUUUCGGUAGAAUUAAGAAAGUCAAACAAGUUUAGAAUGGGAUGAGGAUAAGUAAAUAAUGAGUCGUCUUUUUCUUUUUUCUUUUUUUCUUACCUGGUCAGUUUGGUGUCAUAUUUUAACACUAUAGUUGAUGCUUUAAAACAUCAUGACGCUGCAAAAAAAAAUCAUUUUCUUGCUGUUUUUGUCUUGUUUUCCUUUACAAACAUCUAUGAAUUAUCUAUAAAUUCUUAAAUCAAGAUACAUUUACUUGAGAAGGAAAAUGACUUAAGAUAUUGAGUCUUGUUUUCUGAAAAAUGUAUCCAAAUGAAAAAAUAUUUCAACGUGGUAAGAAAUAUAAUCUUGUUUUCCCAUAGAAUUUUGAUAUAUUUUUCUUCUCAAGUAAAUGUUCCUCAAUGUUUAGAUAUUUGUACUGGAACAUGAGACAAAAUACUGUGUAAGGAAAUCAUUUUUAUUUUGCAGUCUACUACAGUGUCACCUCGAGAUUUAGACACCUGGAGCGAAUGUGAGAUGUUUCUUGAAGAAAUGACCGAAUUUACAUGAUGUAGCCUAUCUGUAGUGCUCUAGCUGGCAUAGGCACUUUAGUUCUGUGACUAUCACGUGAGUCAUUGGGAAUCUGACAGCAGUGCCUUUAACAUUGUCAAUCUAGAGUUCUGUUUAAUGCUGCACAGACGCCCCCUAUUGUUCUCUUGUUGCAAUGCACUCUUACGUUUUUCACUAACAAAGCCACCAACUUGUAUCUUGUAUGAAUUCAGCUUGUGCUCCCCAUUCUCUGAGCAGUAACUUAUGAGAUAGCCAUCAGUUUGCAACAAUGUUUGCGAAUGUAUUUCAACAUAUUCAAUGCCUUCAUCUUGCCACUGGUGAUAAAUGUUGGUUAUUAGGCCAUAUGAAAAGGCGGUACAUGGUUAUUUGUGUAUGUAGCAGAAUCACGAGUGGUUAAAAUUUCAUGCAUUCAUUAUUUCACUGCGUGUGUGUGUGUGUCGAAUGCAUCUUACAGAGGUUUUGUGCGUGUGUUUUUGUGACUAAUAAUGUUCCGAGGCAAUUGGAAGGUGGAUGGCUGUCACCCCGUGUUCCUUAAAUGAACAUCUUUAUGCUUCAGGGCAGUUGUAAGAGUCUGAUAGAGGAAGGAUGCGUGGACGGGAAGAUGUCUGUAUUGAGCCGCACUGACCGCCACACAGGUAGAGCAUAUAACCUGUGUGUGUGUGUAUAUAGGUUUUGAUUUAAAACUAACACUGUGAUCGCUAACAGUUAUCCCAAUAAGAGCAAACCAGGUUUACAAAUCACACUAGCGUUAUGUUGUGCAAGGGUCCCUGCAUUUGUUUUGCUUCUGUAAGCGUGGGAGAGAAAACGCAUUGAACUUUUUUUUAUUUUAGAUGUCAGUUUUGUGUAGGAUGUACACAUUCAUAGACGAAUUGACGUGGCUGUUUUCGCAUGUAGAUGGAUGAUUCCUGUUUCAGUGCUAUCUUUUUAAAAUAUGUUCUUUUAAAUUUCUGGGACCAUAGUUGUUGGGGCAACUUUUCAGACCUCUUUCCACACUGAUAUUAUAUAUAUGCGAAUAUAGUGUGUUUUCCCUAUGGAGAAAGUUUAAGUUGUGUAUAUAGCCUGUAAAUUUGGGGCUAAGUAUAGACCUGACUGUCCAUUUAUAUUAUAAAAGGAGCAAAAAAUAAACCAGAACAAAUGUUAAAUAAAAUUAAAUAAAUCUUGAUGCAUUUA